AAGGAACCGUGCUGCCACCUGGAUGACAAUUGGUUUUUUGGUCAACAAAACCCAAAACAAAAAUAAUUUUUCGAUCUCAUUUUUAGAGUCACAUGAAAGCUGCUGUUGAAACACAGCGGGACUCAUUAUUUAUCUACUGAUCUCGACGUUCUUGGCGCCUUUAUCUCUGCACUUGGGGAUCUACUAAGCUGCUGCAACUUGUCACAGCAAAUCGCUUCGCUUCGCUGCACGUUGACAUUUUGCAUUAUUGUAAUACUUUUUUGCAGAUCAACCGUGUGAAUUGUGAUUGGACGGUCAAAAAUGAAGCCGGACACGCUGCCAUGCCCAGUUUUUGGUGCGUCUGAUUUUGACAAUGCGCCAUCAAGUGAUGGAAUUUUGCUCAUCUGCCAACAAUUGGAGACGGCAAAGUCUUCAGGCCUCCCUUCUGCUCUUUUUGCUCCAAUUGAGGAUCAGGCUGGAGUGGACGAAGCUCUGCACUCGGAAGGUGCCGUCCUGAAAACUCAGCUGCCACAGAAGAGACUCGUCUACGCCCCCACUGGGCCACUCAACCCUGAUUUUGAUGAUGUUAGGAGCUUUGCUGAAACUGGUGCCAAAGCUGUGAAAAGAGCUUUGAAAGCUGGAAUCAAGUUCCCUGUGUUGGUUCUUCCACCAAGCAGUCCCGACUACCCUGAAUGUGAUUUGAUCUCCCUUUUGGGUGUCCUUGAAGCUUUGUAUGUGCCUCUCCAACUUCGCGAGGAGGUAAAAAGUCGAGCUUCAAAGGUGCAGGGACUUUACGUUGUGCACCAAGACAAGAAUCGCUUGGAUUACCUUUUGAAAGUGGGCAUUGCCAUGGAGCAGGGCAGAUUUGUUGCACGAGACCUUGGAGGUGGAGAUCCAGAGCGAAUGGCUCCUCCGAAAUUUGCUCAGCACUUAGUUGAUCUCUUUGAGGGUUCGAAAAACAUUAAGAUCUCAGUUGAAACUGAUCAAAAAGAGUUGGAGAAAAAGUACCCCUUGUUCGGAGCUGUAAAUCGUGCUGCUAGUGUGAUUGAAAGGCAUCAGGGUCGAAUCGUCCACCUAACUUACAAAGGUGCAGGCCCCAUUGACAAAACUCUGUGCCUCGUCGGCAAAGGUGUGACCUAUGACACAGGUGGCGCCGACAUUAAGGCUGGAGGAGUUAUGGCCGGCAUGUCCAGGGACAAAUGCGGUGCUUCGGCCAUUGCUGGUUUCAUGCAGACCCUGAGUGUUUUGGCUCCAAAAGGAAUUGAAGUGAGAGCCAAGUUGGGCGUUGUGAGGAACAGUGUUGGCGAAAACUGUUAUGUGGCUGACGAGGUCAUCACUGCUAGGAGUGGGGUCAGGGUCAGAAUCGGAAACACUGAUGCUGAGGGCAGAAUGGCCAUGUGUGACCUCCUAACUCAGUUCACAGAAGAGUGCGUGAAGGAAAAGUUGGUGAAUCCUCACUUGAUGACUGUUGCCACUCUUACUGGACAUGCUUGUUUGAGUGUCGGAUUAGGUUAUUCGAUUUGCAUGGAUAACGCAGUUGCUCGAAAAGAGGGUCAUGCUAGAAGUUUGCAGAGUGCCUCGGAAAUUAUUGGCGACCCAUUCGAAAUCAGCACCAUCAGGCGUGAAGACUACGCAUUUCAUCGAGGCAAAGGAGAGGUGGAGGAUGUGCUUCAGUGCAACAACAAACCCUCCAGUCAGACUGCAAGGGGACAUCAAGGCCCAGCAGCCUUUCUGCUCAUCACUUCUGGACUUGAAAAGCAUGGCUUGGGUUCAAACACCCCACUCAAGUAUUCGCAUUUGGAUAUUGCGGCAUCAUGCGGGGAUUUGCCUCACGAACCGACUGGCGCUCCGAUUUCCGCCUUCACGUACUACCACCUGAAAAACCGAUUCUAAAGUGGACAACCAAUAAUGAAGAUAAAUUACAAGAGGAGCUGAAUUGUAAACGGAUAUUUUUUAAUUAGGUUUUUUACUCGUUUUGUCCGGUAUAUCAUAAAAAAAAAACCAAAAAAGAAAAAAAAACUUUGUGCGUUGGAAUAAUUU